AUGGUUUGCAUUGAUUUACAUGCCACAGUGAAUUGUGAGGUUCUGGCCUCAAGUGCUUGGGAGCAUGCCUUGCUUCUCUUGAAGGUGUGCCCAUGGAAGGUCGAGUUCAACAUGAUGCUCAGUGCCUCCGAGAAGGCCCAUCGGCAUUUGUCCGUCCAACUCUGGAAGGACAUGUUGGACACAUCCCUGCAGCCGGACGAAAUCAGUCACAAUGCCGUCAUCAGUGCAGUGGAGAAAUGUGCGCUGUGGCAAUCUGCCUUGAAUCUUCUCAACAGCAUGUACCAGGUGCAGCCUACAGUGAUCAGCUAUGCUGCCACAGCACGUGCACUGGCAAGAGUGCAACGCUGGAAAGAGGUUCUGCACCUUCUCAACGAAGUGGCCAAGAAUUGGAUUGAAGCUGACAGCUUUGUGUUCAAUGCAGCCAUCAGUGCUUGUGAGUGCCACUGGCACUUGGCACUUCACUUCCUCAGAGAGAUGUGGCUCCAACAGAUUCAAACCUCUGAGAUCAGUUUUGUGGCGGCCCUCACCUCAUGCCAAAGAGCUCAAAGGUGGCAAGAAGCUUUGAAUUGCUUGGGGGUCAUGGCCGGUCAUGGCGUUGCAUGCUUUGCAACCGACGUCCAUUUCCUUGAGUUUGGUGAUUCAGAUUGUUGGCAACAAAGUGGCCUUGCUCGGCCAGCUGCUCCAGAGGACAAGCAGACAAGGUCUUGA